AUGUCGCAACCAAUCCUCUCUAUCCAGUCCGGCGACUCUAGCAAGAGCAAGGCAGUGGCUAACCUGCUGCCUUGUCGAAUCCAUCACGAUGGCCCGAUUGGCGAGGUUGAGUCCUCCUUUUGGAAACCCACCAAGACAGAUGAUGGAAAGAAUGUAGCAUACUUUCGCGGCAGGAAACUCCACGGAACGACUGUCAAGCUGCCUGGGCAGUACAGAGGAGUGGUGAUGGAGAAGAGCGACAAGGUCGAGAACAGGCAGUCCGAAGUCGAGGAAGAGGUUGAAGAGGAGGAGCCGCUAGUAGAAGUGGGUGCCAUGGACGUCAAGGCCGAGUUUGACGAGAUGGUCAUCUGGGGACACGAGGCCAGCGCCGAGGCUGCGUCGGAUCCGUACGUCAGGAGUAUCGAGGAGUGGCUCACGGUGGCGGACCAGGUUGGUGGCGCAACACCAAGAACAACAACAAUGGCUGCUUCAAGCGAUGCCGGCUUCUUGAUGUCGGACGCCCCGUCCCGCGCGGCGGGUACCCCUAGACGCCAGUUCAUGCCCAGCUCCUCUGCCGGCAGGCCACGAGUGCCCCCUUCCGAGAGCAUGGGCGCUCCCAGCGACGACGAGGCCGAGGGCUUCGCUGACGACCAGGUCCCACGCGGCUCAAGGAUACAGGACGCCUCAAACGUUCCCAAGGUCGAAGACAGGAUUGGCCUACUGGUCCAGGAGCACUUUGAAGAGUUCAUCGAGCAAUUUGUUGAGGACUUCACCUCCUCUGCCCCAACGUCCAGCGCCGUCACCACGGACAAAUACUAUGUCGCCCAGAUCCACGGCAUGCGGGCGCUCCAGCUCUCUACCUUCUACGUUGACUGGAAGCACCUGGAGUCCUGGAAUAAAGGAGAAUUGGCCGACGGUGUCCUCCGUGGAUACUACCGCUUCCUCCCAUUCCUCACCGCUGCUUUACACAACAUGAUCGCCAAGUACGAACCGCAAUACUUCAAGGAGCACAGGCAGCCAACCUCCUCAAGUAACCAAGCCACCUCUGCCGCCAGCAACAUGGGCUCCGCUAGCCAGUCGGAAAUGGGAUCCAAGACGACCAACCAGCAGACGGACAAGCUUUUCAAUAUCGCUUUCUACAAUAUGCCCCUUAUCUCGAGAGUGCGCAGUCUCAGAGCGACGAAUAUCGGCCAACUUCUGUCCAUCUCCGGUACGGUCACGCGAACAUCCGAGGUUCGUCCUGAGUUGUCGCUCGCAACCUUUGUCUGCGAGGCGUGCAGAUCGGUUGUGCCAAAUGUCGAGCAGACCUUCAGAUACACGGAGCCCACGCAAUGCCCCAACUCAACAUGCCAGAACCGCCAAGCAUGGCGAUUGGACAUUAGGCACAGCACAUUUGUCGACUGGCAGAAGGUGCGCAUUCAGGAGAACAGCUCUGAGAUCCCCACGGGAAGCAUGCCUCGUACGAUGGACGUCAUUCUGCGUGGUGAGAUUGUUGACCGGGCCAAGGCCGGUGAGAAGUGCAUCUUCACGGGUGCGCUCAUCGUCGUGCCAGACGUCAGCCAGCUUGGCCUGCCGGGCUUGAAGCCAACUGCAAUCAGAGAUGACAAGCCUGCCGACGUUGGGGGUUCUGGUGUGACUGGUCUGAAGGCUCUUGGUGUGCGCGACCUUUCCUACCGCAUGGCCUUCCUGGCGUGCAUGGUCGUCCCAGAUACCUCAUCAUCUGGUCAGUCCGCCAGCGGCCAGGUUCAAGACGUCAUUAGCUCGUUGACCUCAGGGAAGUCCGACGAGACUGCCGAGUCAGUGGAGGCUGCUCAGGCGGCUGUUCUCGCUUCCAUGAAUGAGUCCGAGAUCAACGAGCUGCGUACAAUGGUGCACAGCGAUCACAUUUACUCCCGCCUGGUGCAAUCAAUGGCGCCCACAGUCUAUGGUCACGAAGUCGUCAAGAAGGGCUUGCUUCUACAGCUCAUGUCUGGUGUGCACAAGACCACUGCUGAAGGCAUGGAACUGAGAGGUGACAUCAACAUCUGCAUCGUUGGUGACCCGUCUACCUCCAAGUCUCAGUUCCUGAAGUACAUCUGUUCUUUUGCGCCUCGCGCUGUCUACACAAGUGGUAAGGCUUCUUCCGCUGCCGGUUUGACGGCUGCUGUCGUCAAGGAUGAGGAGACAGGUGACUUCACCAUCGAGGCUGGUGCUCUUAUGCUGGCAGACAACGGAAUUUGUGCCAUCGAUGAGUUCGACAAGAUGGAUAUUGCCGAUCAAGUUGCCAUCCACGAAGCUAUGGAACAGCAGACCAUCUCUAUCGCCAAGGCAGGCAUUCAAGCCACCCUCAACGCCCGCACCUCUAUUCUCGCCGCUGCCAACCCCGUAGGUGGUCGCUACAACCGCAAGACCACUCUCCGCGCCAACAUCAACAUGAGCGCCCCGAUCAUGUCCCGUUUCGAUUUGUUCUUUGUUGUUCUCGACGAGUGCAAUGACUCCGUCGACCGCCACCUUGCGGAGCACAUUGUCGGGCUUCACCAGCUCCGUGAUGAGGCCAUCGAGCCCGAAUUCAGCACCGAGCAACUCCAAAGAUACAUCCGUUUCGCGCGCACAUUCCGUCCGGAGUUCACCGCCGAGGCCAAGGAGGUUCUCGUCGAAAGGUACAAGGAGCUCCGCGCCGACGACGCGCAGGGCGGAAUCGGCAAGAACUCGUAUCGUAUCACCGUCCGUCAGCUCGAGAGUAUGAUUCGUCUGUCCGAGGCCAUCGCCAAGACCAACUGUGUCGAGGAAAUCUCACCCCCGAUGGUCAACGAGGCGUUCAACCUUCUCAGGCAAAGUAUCAUUUCUGUCGAGCACGAUGAUGUCGAGGUUGAUGAUGAAGAGCCCGAGGACAGCGCUACCCUGCGUCGCGCGGCAUCCGAGGCCGCUGGUCAGCCCGUCGAGGAUGACACUGCCAUGGUUGUCGACGAGGCCGCGCCCGCUCGACCUAAGCAGACCAUCACGUACGAGAAGUACGUCAGCAUGGUCAACCUGUUUCUGCAGCAUGUCGUCGAGGAUGAGAACGAAGGUGGUGAGGGUGUUGAGGGCGAGCAGCUUGUCGAAUGGUACCUUGAGCAGAAGGAGGACGAGCUCCAGGGCGAGGAGGAUUACCACCAGGAGAAGACGCUGGCCAACAUGGUGCUCAAGAAGAUGGUGAAGAACAACUUCCUCAUGGCCAUCCGCGGCGAAGGCUUGAUGGACGAAGAUGGCAACGCUGGCGAAGGCGCAUCUGCUGCUGCGGCGAAGAUUGUCUACGUUGUCCACCCCAACGCCGCUGUCGAGGAGAUUUGA